AUGGCCCAUUCGUCUUCAUCAGAGUCCUCGCGCUCUAGAUCCGAUGGUGAUCUUGAGCCAUCCGAUCCUUGUACGCAUGGGGUUAAAGACGAGGCGAGGGAAACUUCAGGGGGACCCCGUCAUGAUGAUAUAGCAGACGUUGUCGCUGAGUAUUUGACACAGGCUGGGUUCAUACACGUGGCACAUAUGAGUCAUAUUCAGAUAGAUACCCCCUUGAUCUCUGCUUUGGUUGAGCGUUGGAGACCGGAGACACAUACGUUUCACAUGACGCAGGGAGAGAUGACCGUUACAUUACAGGACGUGGCUGGUAUACUUGGUUUGCCUACUGACGGGCAGGCAGUUAUCGGAUCUACAGCGUUGGAUUGGAUUGCUAUGUGUCAGCAGGUUUUUGGGACUGCCCCUGUUGCGGGCACAGACAUUCACGGAGGCGAUCUACGUAUUUCUUACUUUUCUUCACGGUUAAUUCGUUUCAAAUUCGUGUCAUGUUUGUGUUAA